AUGGCGGAGGUUGUGGAGCUCCGCUCCGACGACUCGGCGGACGAUGAGGAGGAGGAGGAGGAGGAGGAGGAGGAGGAGGAGGAGGAGGAGGAGAUCGCUCCAUGGACUUUCUCCUGCGAGUCUUCGUUGGAUUCUAACGACGAGGUCCAAUUCAUCCGCCACACACGCCGCCUUGGUAACAGCGGGGGCGGCGAGGGCUCCGCCGUCGACUCUGGCAUCUUCGUUCCCAUUUUCUCGCCUCAUUUCCAGUACAUCUCGUCGCAUCCCCUUGACCACGAGGUCCCAUCGGGCUCCGAUUAUGAGUCCAGCUAUGUCGACGACGAUCCUGUGACUCUCCCCGUCAAUCUGCUAGAGCGGCGCUCCCUGCGGCUGGAUGAUGAUGGCGACGGUGGGGGCGGAGGAACGGAGGCGGAUAUCUUUCCCAACCCUGCGGAUCCGUUGGAUUUCGGGGUUCUUGACGGUGUAGAGGAUACGGGCCCCGAUUAUCUUCCCUUGGGGCGAGGGUUAGGGUUUGGGAUCGAGAACCCGAAGGAGGACGGGGAAGGUAGCUCGGAGGUAGAUGUGGAGGAGGAAGGCUUGAACAUGUUGUUUCGGCACGAUUGGCAAGGAGUCUGGGCAUCUGGCCAUGCCGAUGACAAACCGUCCAGCUCGCGGGACGGCCAAGGUCUGAGGAUCGUAGGUUUCGGAUCGGACUCUGACUCCGAUGAGGAGGAGAUCGCAUCCAGCAUUAGCUCACGUUACGACGGUGGGCGUGCUCCAGUAACGAUGUUUGAUGAUCUGCGCCUUCCUGUCCCAUGGAACAACCUUCGCCUCGUAGAGGACAGGAGAGACCUGAACGAGGAUCUCGAUUGGGAAGAAGUGGAAGGGAGGCUCAACGAGAGGGAGGUUCUCAGCGUGACGAUCGGCUCCAACGAUGGAGGAUCCGUUGCACAACCAGAGGAAAGUGAAGACUUCGAGAUCAGCGAAAGGGGCGAAGAUUCAACGAUUCCUCAUAUCGAAUGGGAAAUCCUCCUGUCUAUGAACAAUCUAGAGAGGAGCGCGGCGGCAGAGUAUGAGGGCGUUGAUGAAGACCACACUGACUUCGGCUACACCUCCGAGAACGAAAUCCUGUUCGAGCAGUUCGCCGCCCUGGAGAACUUCAUCAAGGGGAGCCCUCCCGCUGCCAAACUUGUGAUUGAGCAACUUCCGUCCGUUGUUUUGACGCAAUCGGACAUGAUGAACGGAAACACCCUGUGUGCGGUCUGCAAGGACGAUAUCUCUCUGGAGGAGAAUCCGAAGCAACUUCCAUGUUCCCACCAUUACCAUGCUGAGUGCAUCCUACCAUGGCUCAGAAUACGGAACACAUGCCCUGUCUGCCGCUACGAGCUGCCGACAGAUGACCCUGAUUACGAGCACCGGCGAGCAUUUGGGGCCUUGGGAGGAAUGCCUCUCGAUCCUGAGGUAAUGUACGAAUUUGGAAUCUUCGAUUAA